AUGCCGUGGCGAGUGAGUGACAUCCUCAGCAAAGCCACGCCUGGCCAAGAUCUCGUCAUCAAGGGAUGGGUCCGCACAGUGCGACAGCAGAAGCAGCACGCGUUCGUGGAGCUGUCCGAUGGCUCACAUCAGACGCCGCUCCAGAUCGUGGCCACUCCCGAGCUGGUCAAAGGCAUCGAAGUGGAAGGCAAGAUUGUGGAGAGCCCAGCCGGGAAGCAAAAGCUCGAAAUGGUGGCUUCCCGACUGAACAUCAUCGGCGCUUGCGACCCCGAGAAAUACCCACUCGCCAAGAAGAAGCAUUCGUUGGAGUUCAUGAGGGAGAUUCCGCACCUGCGUGCGCGGACCAACACCAUCGGAGGCGUGCUGCGGGUGCGAGACACGGCCGCGUCUGCCAUCCGAGACUUCUUCCACGAGAACGGCUUCAUCGAGCUACACACGCCCAUCCUAACCUCCUCCGACUGCGAAGGCACGUGUGACGAACAGCGCCCGCGCGAGUUCUUCGAUCGCACGGUCGGCCUCACCGUGUCGGGCCAGCUGCAGGCCGAGAUGGCCGCGUGUGCGCUCUCGCGCGUGUACACCUUCGGUCCCACCUUCCGCGCCGACAACUCCAUGACCCGCAACCACCUCGCCGAGUUCUGGAUGAUCGAGCCCGAGAUCGCGUUCUGUGACCUCAACCUGAACAUGCGCGUGGCGGAGCACAUGGUGAAGGCGGUCAUCGAAGCCGUGCUGGCCAAGUGCGACGAGGACAUGGCAUUCUUCCACAAGCGGGUCGACGAGGGACUCAUGGCCCGCCUCCACAAGACUCUCGCAGGCAGGCCUCUCGAGGUGACCUACACGGACGCCGUGAAGCUGCUGGAGAAGAGCGGAAAGAAGUUCGAGUUCCCGGUGGCCUGGGGCCUCGACCUGCAGAAGGAGCACGAGAGGUACCUCGUCGAGUUCGAGUUUGACAACCGACCGGUCUUUGUGACGCACUAUCCCAAGGACAUCAAGCCCUUCUACAUGAAGCUCGAUGAGGACGGUCGCACCGUGCAAGCCAUGGACCUCCUGGUCCCCACGAUAGGCGAGCUGAUCGGCGGCAGUGUGCGUGAGGAGAACCUCGACACGUUGCAGGCCCGCAUGAAGGCCAUGAACAUGAACGUGGACGACUACCAGUGGUACCUUGACUUGCGGCGCUUCGGCACAGUGCCGCACGCAGGCUUCGGGCUGGGCUUCGAGCGGCUGCUGCAGUACGUGACGGGCAUGGACAACAUCCGCGACGUCAUCCCCGUCCCGCGCUACCGCGGCUACUGCCGUUUCUGA